AUGCGCUUUGGAUUUAUCAGUGCAAUCAGCACCCUUGUUAUACUUCCUCUCGGCCAAUGUCGGCCGUUUGAUUCUAGCUGCAGUCAACUACAGACACUUGACACCCAUCUUGAGAGCCUUAUACAUUUCAUGAAUCAGGAUCACACUGAUGACCAAAGCGUAUAUCCCAAUGAAUGGAUAACAAAAUUGCAUAACGCCCGCCCCCUGAUCGAAUCCUUGAGGGAUUUGGCACGCCUAAGCAAAGAUCAGCAGUGCCACGGCAUCGAGCAAGAAGACAUGACAAUUAGCCGUCGUCAGGCAACAACCUCUCCAGAUCUACUUGCUACUAUUCUAGAAAACGAGUCGGGCAUACUUGGCAAAAGUGACUGA